CUUUAGCAUGAUUACUGAUUGGUGAUCGUGUUUUUUUUUUUUAUAUCAUUUAUGUGUCUUGAUUUUGUUUCCUGUAAUUUAAUUUUACUUUGUACAGUUUAAUUUUGUUUCGUGUAUUUUUAUUUUAUAUCGUGUAACUUAAUUUUAUUUUGUGCUGUUUCUUAAGAGUAUUUUAGUCUAUUUAAUAAGCUGCACAAAGUAAAUUCAAGUUGGCAACACCCUUAUUUAAAAGAUGAACCCUACCCUAACCGUAAUAAUCAUCCCUCGCGGCGGUACUGUAAAAUCUCUCCUCCCGACGAAAAUCCACCAAUCUCUGCGAAGAUGAAGGUUAUCGCCGCUUUUCUGUUGGCGGCUUUGGGGGGAACCACCGCUCCUUCCGCCGAUGACAUUAAGAAGAUUCUCGGCGCCGUCGGUGCCGAGGCUGAGGACGACAAGAUUUCUCUUCUGUUGUCCCAGGUCGCCGGAAAAGACAUCACUGAAUUGAUCGCUUCCGGUAGGGAGAAAUUGGCUUCGGUUCCAUCCGGUGGUGGCGUUGCUGUCCCGGUUGCCGCUGGUGGUGCUCCUGCCGGAGGCGCUGCACCUGCUGCGGAGGAAAAGGAGGAGGAGAAAGUAGUAGAGGAAGAGGAGUCCGACGGUGAUAUUGGAUUCGGUCUGUUCGAUUAAGUGUAAAGGGAUUGAUUUCAUGCGAAGUUGGUCUUUUUUAUUUUAGUUGUUUAUGAUGUAGAUUUUUAGUGCUGGGCAGUUGAAUUUUGGCUUAGGAAGAAAUUUUGGUUGGUGGAGAUUGUUCACAUUGUUGUUAUUAUCUUAUUCUGAAUUCUGACUUAAUGCUAUGUGUUACUACUUUAUUCAUUAGUUCUUGUUCGUUUUUUAUUUUAUUUUUUUUCUGGUUAUCAGAUUUUGGUACCCACCCUUAUUUGUGUUUGUGUUUGUGUUUAGGAGAGCCGUUUUAAGUUUUGUUAAUAUUCCUCCAUGGAGGAGGGUUAUUUUUCUAUAAUGUUUGGCAAUGUGUAUUCAAUUUUCAAGAGUUGGGAGCAGUUUAGGAUCACUAUGACAGGUGAAUAUGCAAUUGUAGUUGUAGAUCACUGGCCAAUGGUUGCUAUUUGAAGGUUGAUCAAUUUACAGG